AGGUAGGCGGAUCGGUUGCUGGUGCUGAAGGAUACGCUGAAGAAGAAGAUCCGUAAGCCCGGAUCGCGCUUUUUACACUCGCCCCCUCCUUUUUCGCUCUCUGCGCUCGAUUGAGGAUCCUGCAGGGAGCCGGGGAGCCGCCUGUGUGUGCUGAUAUUCAUAGACAGCGCUCGGUGUGCCCGAUCCGUUUGAGUGGGGAGGGAGUUAGCUGCGCAGCUACUCUGCGCACUCCACCACAUUGGCAUUUCAGCGAGUGAGAGCUCUUGCUCAGAAAAAGAAGGAUAUACUGGAAGAGGAGGCCAAGCACACAACUGAAAGAAAGUAAUCUUCAUAGCCGGGCAACUGUUCCCGACCCCUUCGCCUGCACCACCGUAACCCCUAUCCCCUCAGCAUGGCUUCCGAGGAACUCUAUGAGGUAGAAAGAAUUGUUGAUAAAAGGAAAAAUAAAAAAGGUAAAACUGAAUAUUUAGUACAUUGGAAAGGCUAUGACAGUGACGAUGAUACAUGGGAACCAGAACUACAUCUUGUAAACUGUGAGGAAUACAUCCAUGAAUUUAAUAGAAGACACAGUGAAAAGCCAAAAGAUAGCAGCACAAUAACCAGGGCAAACCGGACAUCUCCAAAUAAUGCAAGAAAACAAAUAUCCAGGUCAACUAAUAGUUCAAUUACAAGAACAUCUCCAAAAUCUCUGAGUGUUUGCAAAGACAAUGACUCCAAAAAUAACCAGCUACUUUCUAGCAGUCCAAAAUUACGUAGGAGCCCCUCUCAAGCAAUUCCUGUUAGGAAGAAUGUGGAUCUCUCUAGAUCAGGCAUUAAAAUACUUGUACCUAAAAGUCCAAUGAAAAGCAGAAUUUCAAUUGAUGGUUUUCAAAAUGAAAGUACAGAAAAGCUAAACCAUAUUGAACAGGAACAAGACUCUGUGGCACCUGAAGUAACAGCUGAAAAACCAGUGGGAGCUUUAUUGGGACCUGGAGCAGAAAGAGCUCGAAUGGGGAGUAGACCAAGACCUCCACCAUUAGUACCACAGAUUCAAAUGCCUUUGACAGUGACUGCAACAUCAGCAAUAACCAUUAAUGGAAAAGGUCCUACUGCAUUUUCUCAGGCUUCGGCCAAAGCGGAUAUUGCUGUCCAACAGCCCAUUAAUGUAGCUUCUGUUGCUGCAGAGAGCGGCCUGACCCUGGCUGGGGUAAUGAAAGAAGUUCAAGGUGCCCUAAAUACUGCAGCUGCAGAUGACAGCAAACUUGUUCUCUUCAGUGCUGUUGGUAGUGUCUUCUGCUGUGGUCUUGAUUUUAUUUAUUUUAUUCGACGUUUGACAGAUGACAAAAAGCGUGAGAGCACUAAAAUGGCUGAAGCAAUACGGACCCCCCAGCAUGCUAAAUCAAUCCCUGAGGAGUUUCUUCAGGCAAAUGAAAUGCUGUUUAGCGGAAGAAAACUCACUGCUCAAGAAGCAUGUGCAAAGGGAUUGGUCUCUCAGGUGUUCUGGCCUGGCACGUUCACACAAGAAGUUAUGGUUCGCAUAAAAGAACUUGUGGCCUGCAAUCCACUAGUACUUGAAGAAUCCAAAGCUCUAGUUCGUAACGUCAUGAGAGUAGACUUGGAACAAACAAAUGACAGGGAAUGUGAAGCGCUGAAGAGGAUUUGGGGUUCUGCUCAGGGGAUGGACUCCAUGUUAAAGUAUUUACAAAGAAAAAUUGAUGAAUUCUAGAAGAAAUAUUUAUUAUAUGCAAUGUUGCUUGUGAACUAGCACUGAAAUUCUCCUUAACUGGACAUGUUACUUAUGGAUGUGUCCUUCCUUUUCUGAAAACAUUAAUUUAUCCAGGGAUUUUUUUUUUCUUUCAAAAAAAUUAACUUUGCCAUGGCUUUUAAAGUGGCAUAAUUUACGGAGUGCUGUCAUAAAUAUUUUGCAGUACAAUUCUUGAACAGAAGACUUUGACUUGUACUGUAUUGGAAGAAAAUGGUGAUUAACUUUUGUUGUGCAACCGGGAAACCUUGAAAUGCCUAUUUUUUUGGUGAAUAUAUAUAAAUAUAUAUAUUUAAAAAAGAAACGGGUAAUAUCCAGCCCUAAGUUUGUUUUUUUGUUUUUUGCCCUCUGAAAUCUGAGGCAAUAGUUUAUAUAGAAGGUUAAAAAUACCUCAAAUAAAUGAACAUUUUUGUAAGGAAAUAAAUACACUCAAGAACUUAAUCCUCUACUCAUGCAUUUUAAUAACCACAUGUGCUCCAAAUUUUGGUAAGAAAGUGCUUGACAGACUGAUGGAAUGCAACAAGUUUGUAACAAGUGAGUGUGAAGAAACCACUGUCAAGAAAGACCUUUUUAUUUUUUGUUGUUAUGCAGUAUUAGUAAUUUUUUUGUUUAAUGCAGACACCAAAUAUUCUGUUCAUAUAUGUACAAAUUUUAAGCUUCUCUAGAAUAUAUUUUAUUUAAUAAGUUAAUUUUGUUACACUAUUAAAUUUGAACAUACCCCUCCCCUACAAAUGCCUUUUAUAAAAUAUGUAUUUGUUGUA